AUGGCACCACCAGUCGCAACCGAGACCACCACCGAGACUGAGACCUUCCUUGGCUACGACGAGAAGCCCAACACGGCACCUCUCGAGCCCGGUCUGACCCAGAACGGCGCAAAGGCUCAGGCGCAGAAAUUCCCCUCACCACCCAAGUUCCAGGACAAAUAUGAAGAACGCGAAUACCUCAAAGGCCGCCUAGCACUUGCCUUCCGCAUCUUCGGCAAGCUAGGCUUCGACGAGGGCGUCGCCGGGCACAUCACGCUGCGCGACCCCGUCGACCCCACCACCUUCUGGGUCAACCCCUUCGGCCUGGCUUUCAGCCUCAUCAAGAAAUCCGACCUGAUCCUGGUCAACCACGACGGCAAAGUCAUCGACGGCGGACCCAACCGUCUCCUCAACGUAGCCGCGUACAUGAUCCACGCUGCCGUACACCAUGCCCGCCCAGACGUCAUCUGCGCUGCCCAUAGCCACAGCAUCUACGGCCGCGCGUUCGCCACUCUAGGUCGUCCGAUCGACAUCAUCACCCAAGACAGCUGCGCCUUCUACAAUGACCUUGCAGUGUACAACUCUUUUAAGGGUGUUGUGCUCGCCAAAGAGGAAGGCGACAACAUCGCGCGUGCGAUCGGUAAUAAGAAGGCCGUAAUCCUCCAGAACCAUGGCCUCCUGACCACGGGUGCGACGGUCGAGGCGGCGGUGUUCUGGUUCACCAGUCUGGAGAAGUGCUGUCAUGCGCAGAUGAUGGCGGAUGCGGCAGUGGCGGGUCGUGGUGGUGCGACGGUCAAGAUCGAUGACGAGGAUGCUAGCUUUACGUACAAGGCUGUGGGCACGCCGAGAGCCGGGUGGUUCAGUGCGCUGCCGGCGUUUGAUGUUAUGGAGAGGGAGAUUGGGAAGGAGUAUCUCAACUAG